AUGGAGCUGGCCAAUGGGUCCACCAUCCAGGAAUUCGUUUUGCUGGGUCUUGGAGCUGGGCAGCAAACACGCCUCCUGCUACUUAUCUUUUUUGCUGUUCUUUACACACUCACUUUGGCUGAGAACAUCACCAUUAUCACACUAGUAUGUGCAGAUACCCACCUGGCCCAGCUGCCGAUGUACAUCCUGCUGAGCAAUUUCUCCUGGCUGGAGAUGUGCUACAUCUCUACCACUGUGCCGCGUAUGCUGUUUGAUCUGGCAUCCCCUCACGGGAUCAUCGCUUUCCAUGCUUGUUUCCUCCAGUUCUACAUCUUCUUCUCACUUGGCUGCACCGAAUGCUUCUUUAUUUCAGCCAUGGCCUUGGAUCGAUACUUGGCCAUCUGUCACCCACUGCGCUACCCACAGAUCAUGUCUCCAACAUCAUGCCAUGCUCUGGUGGCUGCUUGUUGGAUCAUCGGAUUCCUGGGCUACAUUCUCCCUGUGGCCUUGAUCUCCAGGUUGUCCUUCUGCCAUACAAAUAUCAUUGACCACUUUUUGUGUGACCCUAGGCCCAUUCUGUCCCUAGCCUGCCCACCAAAAAAAAAUGUUUCCCUCAUCUGCCAGUUUUCCAUAAAUAUUAUUGUUAUAUUAGGAAACUUCCUCUUUGUUGUACUAUCCUACAGCAUCAUCAUUCUCACACUGAUGAAGAAAUCCUCUGGUGAAGGCAGCUGGAAGAAGGCCUUCUCCACCAUAUCUUUCCAUUUAGUAGUGGUGACACUUUUCUAUGGUUCAGUCGCAGCAAUGUAUGUAACACCGACAGUGGGAAGUCAGUCCCAGAUGUCAAAAAUGGUUACAGUUUUCUAUACAGCUAUUACACCCCUCCUCAACCCUUUGAUUUACUGUCUAAGGAACGAUCAAGUGAGGAAGGCCUUGGGCAGGUUGUUGAGAAGGAAGGAGAGAUGGUCACCCUAG